UUCAACAGAUAUUUGAACCAAUCAAAUGAACUUUAUGGCCUGUAAAUGACCUUACACCUGGGCUAAACCAGAGCAUUUAAGCAAAACCUGAACAAAUGCAUUUAACAAAUACUUGAAGAAUUUGUUAAUAAUCCAUUCAAGCUAAACAAUUUGAGGCAACUUGAGCAUUUCUCAAACUACCGAACACUGUGCGAGUAAAACUACCACUCACAUUGCACCAAGGGUUGAGGCUUUGCUCUGUUAUUUUCUCUUUCAAAUUGACAAAAAUGCAAAAUAAUAUGUAUGAACAUAUUUUUUUAUUAAUGUUUAGAACAGAAAAUCAGAACAUGAAUUAAAAAAAGCCUUCAAUGUUAGAAUAGACAUUUAUAAAACUCCAGCCAAAACUGUUUAUUAGUGCUGAAGCUAUACAUAUAGAUUCAUCAAAUAAUUGUGAUAUGUAGCAUUAUUGGAGCUAUAGAUUCAAAGAAUUAGUAUUGUGGAUUUGGAAAUGGCUCCAAAGAAUUAGUAUUGUGGAUUGUGUAUUGUAUUAUUGAGAUGGAGAGGAAAAGAAUUAGUACACCAUUGGGAUGUUGUUUGAGACCAUUGUUGUGAAGGGUGGUUAUAAAAUUGUAGUAUAAUUGGGGACAAACUACAGAUGUGGAGUUGGAAGACCAGUGGGGGCUUUCAACUUCCAUCAUUUAGAAUAGGGAAAUAAAAUAUUGGUCAUUUUCAUGUUAUUUUGCUAUUUUAUUUUACUUCCCAGACUACAUAAAUUCGUAUAACAAUUAUCUUGUGUAUUUCUGAAGUAGUUUAACAAAACAUGACAGCACAAGACAACCACAGUACGAAAAACUUGAGAAAAGAAAAUGCCUAAUCAGGACACACCAGUAAACUAGCAUUUUCAAUAGUUAACCUAAAUUCAAAAUGAAAUUCUUUCAGUUAUUCUCUUUCAUUCCGCACACUACAUCAUAUUAGUUCAAUUUAUAACAUGAACAAAAAAAUCAAAGGAGUAUAUAGAUAGCGUCCUCCACGUCAACUGCCACUUCAUCAUGGCCACCGAGGAUGUGUGCAUGUGGCUUUGGACAUUGCGUUGUCAAGAUAUCAUGAUCCGCCAAAAACCCUGGUCGUGCGUACUACGUUUGUCGUAGAACUACAGUGCGUUUGUGUUGCCCCUUUCUUAUGCACUUAGUCAUGUCGUCGUUCAUUUGUGGUUGUGUUACAUAGUAUGCAUGCUAACUAUUUACUGCACUUUUGUUUGGCAGAUAUGUGUUGCGUGGGUUGGUUGGUGUGACGAGUUUCACAACACCAGAUUUGGUACUUACCAGCCAUAUAAUGAUGUCGAUAUGGGGUUACGGGAAGACGUUGUGCACAUAGAUCAGAGCCUACGUACGCUUAGGACGGUCGUCAGUGUUUUGUGCGUUGUUGUUUUGGUGUUGUUGUUUCGGAUGUGAUGCAUUGUCAUGGAUAUUGCUGCGUAGUUACUUUUUGUAUCACAUAUGUACUUGUUGUCAGUUACGUGUUCGUCCUGUUACAAAACAUUUCCCCAAUGUGUAAUACAAACCGACUUUGUCUUUUACAAAGCGUUGUACUAUUUGUUGUUAUUAUUGCAGUAAUUGUGUUUACACUUCGAUUUCACUUUUGGGCAUGCAAAAAAUAUCUACUAUACUUUCUUUGACACUGAUAUUUCAUUAAUUUUACAAGCAGGAUAGCACUGCUUAUGGCAACAAAUCGAUCAUCACCCCGUACCCCUUCCAAGUCUCGAGGUAACACUGUCAUAUCAACCCAACCCCAGUCAGUCCACGUAUGCCAAUUCGACAGUGACAAUACAAAGCUAUUUCUUUAACUCGUCAUUGCUGAAAUGGAAGUUGGUAAUCGACAACCAUGCGGAUUGUCCAUGGCCGGGUAUAAGAACGUUGCGAACAAAUUUCUAGAGAAAACCGGCCUGCUACAUUGGGCCAAACAAAUGAAAAACAAGUUUGACAACUUGAAGAAAGAUUGGGUAGCAUGGAAGAAGUUAGAGAAUGCCAGCCACGACUUGACAGGGCUUGGGUAUGACCAUGAGACGGGCUUGUUCACUGCACCUGACCAUUGGUGGGCCAAAAUGCAAGCGAUGAACAACCGAUGUGCUAAGUUCAAGAGUAAGCCUCUAAAGCACUUGGACCUCAUGGAGCGGGUGUACUCUGGCGCAACAGCGACUAGGAAACAUGCAUGGACUCCAACAGAAGUGCGCGAUGAUGCUACUGCUGCGACCAAUGCCAAUGAGGAUAGUGGGAUGGGACCUCUCAGUGUAGGCACACCACCACAGCGGGGCCAUGACAUUUUCGGGGAGAACGUGGUAGAUAGUAACCUAUUUGACAAUGCUCUCCUCCAGUCAGUUGUGGAUGGAUCAGCCAAUGCAAAACAUCGCAAGCGGCCAGCACCUGGUACUGUCACUAGUAACAUGGACAAUCUCGUAGAAGCAGUGAGCAAACAAAGCUGGGAGCUGAAAAUUGCGCAAUAUGUUGUCACUGGUAAAGGUGACAACACUGUGGGGAACUGUCUUGCAAGGCUUAUGAGCACACUUGGAUUAGAGCCCGGCGGUAAGUUAUUCUCAUUCACAUACGGCAUAAUGGAUUCACUCGAUAAUCGGGACAUCAUCAUGGCCCUCUCCAUGAAUUACAUUGUCAACUAGUUGAUAGAGAAGCGUGCCUGCACGUCGGCCAAUGUUGGUAGGGAUCGUGAACGGGGGACACAGCUGUUCGGGAGUGGUGGUGCUGUUGAUUGGACUAAGCCUCUAUAGUUGGAUUGCCAUUUUAGUAUUUGCUUAUCAUGAGACUGUAGUUUAUUUUUAGUUGGUGUUUUUGUCGACUCUUUUGUAUAACAAUCUGUGUGUUUUUUUUUUUGCUGUGGUGCACAUGCGAGACUGUUUGCAUUCUUUUUAUUUUGGUCUGGACGUUUAUUUAUGAUUAUGCAAGACUUGGGUACUAUCUGCGAGUGUACACGCCACAAGAUGACACUGUUG